AUGGCUACUACAAUCCAGCAGAAGAUCCACGCGCUACACGAGUAUUCCGCCUGCGAUGUCUCCGACGCCCUCCUCAAACUCCAAAAGCCCAGUCCCGGAACCACCCCUCGAGCCGGCCACCCCGCAGACUUCACCCCGUUCUCCCCCACCCCCGGCCGCAACAACACCUCCCCCAAGAUCAUCGCCCCGGCGUCUACCUUCAAAUUCAUCCCCCGGUCCGACGACGCCGUCGACACGUCCGAGACGCACGGGUUCCCGCCCGGCACGCACUGGGUCGACUGGGCGCAGGCGGAUACCGUCGCGGUGGUGGAGCAGCCCGAGGGCCAGUUCUGCGCCGUGGUGGGCGGCAUCAUGGCGGUGCGGAUGAACGCGCUGGGCGUGAAAGGCGUGCUGGUGAAUGGUAGGAUCAGGGAUGUGCAGGAGAUGAGAGGGUGUGGGAUUCCGGUCUGGGCCCGCGGAACCUCGACUGUCGGCACCGCUGCGGAGGCAAAGCCCGGGGCGAGAAAUGUCCCUGUGAAUCUGGGGGGUGUAGUGGUGUCUCCGGGCGAUAUCAUCUUCUGCGAUCCGUUGGAAGGCGUGGUUGCCAUUCCAAUCGAUCUGCUGGACCCGGUGUUGGAGUUGAUGCCCAAGUUGGUGGCGAUGGAUGAUCGGGUCAAGGAGGCGGUCGUGCAGGGGUCGAGUGUGUUCGAUGCUUUUCAGAAGUUUCGCACGAAGAUUUAGUCCUUUGGGGGGACGACUAAUUUUGGUUCUUGCGAAGAGGCUUUAAGAAUGAUUUCAUUGCGACGAGCCAUCGCAC